AUGAAGGCAGGUAUAAAUAGAAUUUACUGCAACAACUGCGAGGAAGAGGGAUCGGAAGUAGAGGAGCCUGAUGAGGAAGAGCAAGAACUUCUAAAAAUCCUGAAAGAUAUACAGAAAAGGGUCAGUUCUAUACCCAGCAUCAGGAAACAUCUAGACACAGUUCCACAAAGUUUAAGUGUGUUAUCUGAUAAGUAUGAUGUAUUGGUUAGUGAGCAGGAACGAGCUAAAGAAAAAAUUACUAAGCUGGAAAAGACGGUACUGAAUAUAUCAAAUAAGUGUGUAUACUUGGAAAAGUACAACCUUGCGCUGGAACAAAAAAUCCAUGACUUUGACCAGUCUACCCGCAAACAAAACCUGGAGAUUGAAGGCAUUGAAUAA